GCUUACGUCUGGCUGGUAAUAGAAAGUUCCGCAUUCCCAAACCCUCCCAGAUAGGGAUCGGUAUAUAAACGGGCUGAUGCAACGAUUUCCACUCUUUAAAAUCUACAACCGACCUCCAGCUGACCUUAAAAAAGAAAACCAGUCGGAUUUAGGACCAAAGUCAGCUGUGGUCGUAGCUGGAUCUGACAUGAUGCCAGGGCAGAUCCCUGACCCCUCCCUGACGGCUGGCUCUCUCCCCAGCCUGGGCCCGCUGGCCGGGAUCUCUGCAACCACGCUGACCGACCAGCUGAAGUUCGCCGACCUCCGCAACCUCGGGGCCAUACUGUCCCCACUUCACUUUUUGGGGAGGCUUGGGAAGAGGCCUGCGCCAAUAAAGACAGAGAUGGAUGAGGAAGAGGACAGGAGGAAACGGAGGCGAGAGAAAAACAAGGUGGCCGCAGCACGAUGUCGGAACAAGAAGAAGGAGAGGACAGAUUUUCUACAAAGGGAGUCCGAGCGACUGGAGGUGAUGAACUCGGAGCUGAAAGCCCAAAUCGAGGAUCUGAAGCACGAACGGCAGCAGCUCAUCCUGAUGCUCAACCGCCACCGGCCCACCUGCAUCGUGCGGACCGACAGCGUGAAGACCCCCGAGAGCGAGGCCAACCCCCUGCUGGAGGAGCUGGGGGCCAAAUGAAGAAAGGGGGGCCCUCCGGCGACCGUCGCCAUAGUUACUGUUUACAGCGCAGCUACAGCCAGCAGCACUUAGCUCUGCGCUCUUGGCCUCGGAGGGAGCUGAGCACUCCUGCCUGAGGCUCAGAGUUAGAGAGCCUUUUCAGAUAAGGGUAGCUCAAUGUGAUUGGGAGCUGGCAACCUUUAGCAUUUUAGUUGGUGCUCUCCAGUGCCACACAGCCCCAGCUACCAUCACUACAUACAAACCAACGGAAAGGAAGCAAAUACAACAGGAUGUUGUUGAAGAAACGCACCAAGUCAGAUCUGUCUCAGGUACUCAGACAGAGAGGGGUGUGUUGUAUUGUUUUUGUUUGUUUUAUUUGACAAUGUAUACUUGUUGAAAUAAACAGUUAUAGUAUUUUUGUAAUGUUAUAUCCUGCCCUUGAUGAUGGCAGUGUCCGGUUGACCCGAAUAUUUGUGGUGACGCAGGCGUCAUUAAAGCACAUACAGGAAUUGUUUACAGUCUUGCUAUUUUUCAUUGUUACCAGCUCACAGCAUAUUUUUAUUGUUUUUUAUACUGCUAGAUGCUAGAUUAAAUAUAUAUGUUUCACUAGAUGUGAUGCAUUUUACUUUGUUACAAACAGAUAUAAUGUCAGUUUUACUCUGAGGAAUUGUCUUUAUUUUGCUUUAUGGCUGUGAAACAAGUUGAAAGUUUCCAUUCUCAGCCAAAUGUCCAUUUUGUAACUUCUCCAACAUGUAUGUCUUUGUUACUCUUUGUUACAUACCAUUAAAUCCUAUUUCCAAA